GAGCCCAUGACCACUUUCUACAAAUGCUGCAAUCACGAGUGCUCCAAUCUUUGGCGUGAUUAGGCUCAAACAAUCUUCCAAUUCCUUUUCACACCUUUUCUCGUGCUCAGUUUGCAUUACUGAUUGUCACGAUUGCUGAUGUCAAAUGAUUAACACAGUCACCCUCCUCGGGCCGAAGAACUCUGCAGCCAUCCUUAUAAAAGCAGUGGAGCUUCUGAAAGCUGGUUGUGUAGUUGCUCUCCCAACAGACACUUUGUAUGGCAUUGCUUGCCUAUCUCAGAACUCAGAAGCUAUAAAAAAGCUUUAUCAAAUUAAAUCGCGUGAUACGAACAAACCUGUGGCGAUUUGCGUUUCACAAGUCAGUGACGUCGCCAAGUGGGGACGGGUAACGGUCAACGAACGACUACUUCACGAUCUUUUACCUGGACCGGUUACCCUCGUUUUCGAAAGGAGCCCGGUUUUAAAUCCCGAGCUUAAUCCUGGUACCAAACUUGUUGGCAUCCGAAUUCCGGACUCGUGGUUUAUUCGUCAACUGGCCAGUAGUUGUGAUGGGCCACUAGCUUUGACUAGUGCCAACGUCAGCGGAUCUCAGAGCACGCUUUCUGUGGAGGAAUUCUCCGACAUUUGGGAACAUCUCGGGGCCGUAUAUAACGGUGGCCCGAUACCAGACGGCGCAUAUGCCCGGCUAGGAUCCACGGUCGUCGAUUUAUCCUCUCCGGGGACAUACCGUAUUAUUCGUCCAGGCUGUGCGCAUACAAUUACAGUGGAAAAACUUCGGAAACACGGCUUAGUUGAAGCUAGUGAAAUCGAAUCAGAAAGCGUCUAGUUCCCUCUUCUCUUCAGUUUUU